AUGUACGGGAUUUCAGGCCAGGCAAUCACUCGAGAAAGCAAUGCUCCAACGAGUGUUUGUGGUCAUCAGAUUGAUAAAGGUUGUGUAAUCCUGCCCGAUGUCUACUCCAUUCACUACAAUGUUGAUCUCUGGGGUCCAGAAGAUCCUAAAAUCUUUGUUCCCGAACGUCAUUCUGUCAAACGUCAUCCUCUCGCUUACAUGCCAUUUGGCGUGGGACCUCGAAAUUGUGUGGGAAUGAGAUUCGCUUUAAUGGAAUUGAAAAUGUGUUUGGCACGUCUGUUGCAUACAUAUACAAUUCAACCUGGUGAUAAAUUCAAAGAAGGCAUGACUCUAACGGAAAAAUUAGUAAUUACACCACAGGCCAUCAAUGUACGGCUCGAGAAACGGCUGAAUUAG